AUGCAUCAAGCUAAAGCUGAUUCGUCUCCGGCCGGUUGGAAAACCGUCAACGAAUACCAGAGUAACGAGAUCGCAGACAACUCUGAUGACGAAAAGAAGAUUCGCAGCGCCGAAAACAGGGCCCUUAGACAUCAGAAACAAAACAAGAGAUUUCAGCCUUAUGGGACACAAAAAACACCACCGGCGGCAGCAGCGGGAUCUCCAGCUCAACUGGCUUUUCCUGGGGUUUCUAGUACUUUUCAGCCCUUUCCUGCAUUUCAACAGCAGCAGCAACAGCCAUUUCUCUACGGCCAGGGCAGAAACAAGCAGUCAAGGAGACAGCCUAUGCCGUACGACGUUUGUUUCAACUGUUUUGCAACAGGGCACUGGAAGUCCAACUGCCCAAAGGGAAAGACCACUCAAAGUCAAUGAUAAGUAUACAGGUUGUUUGACUUGUGUUCACGAAAA